AAGAGGUUGUCAAAGUCAAACUGAAUUGUAGAUUAUCACUGAGUAAAUUAGUUGAACUGAAAUUGCUGAAAAAUACGAGAGUAUUAUAACAGAAACUGGACCAAUACUCAAUUAAAAUGCAUUUUCAAUCAAUUGCUGCUAUUCUAUUACUUAGUUUAAUUAAUUAUGCGGCGUGCAUUGAUUACGAUGGAUGGCUGAAUAUUAAAAUAGAACAUUCCCUAAACUGUGGCACCGAAAAAUAUUGCCCAAGGGGAAACAUAGCUCUAAAGAGUAUUCGAGCAGGUGCUGCAGUUGUAGACCAAAUACAAUUCAAUAAAGGACACAUAGAAGCAUUGAAGAAUUUAGCAGAAAUUGAUAGUUUUUACACAAUCAGGACUUUAGUGACAUCUGCUGAAAAUAGUAAAGGAACAGAAUUCUUCUCAUCAGUCAAAGCCAGAGCUUUCUUGGGCAAUGGUCUGUCAGAUGUGAUAAAUGCCUGGGUACUGCCCAAUGGGGCUGUGACUGCUGUCAGUUUCCAAGUAACCAAUGCUUCACAACCAUUGUCUUUGGAAAGCGGCACUCAGAAGAUCAACUCUAAUUUCUUUCUUCGCUAUGUUGAACAGGCUCCAGUACCUGACACAGCAACAUACAUCCAGAAACUGGAACGUGAAAGAGAAGCAAGGGAAAAGGGAGACCUAAAAGACAACAAAUCCUUCUUAGCCAAAUAUUGGAUGUAUAUUGUACCUAUCGCAAUAUUUGUAAUGAUAUCUGGAGCAAGCAACCCUGAACCAGCUGCCCAAGGAGCCAGAUAAAUUAGUGUUACACACUCAUAACUAUUACCAAAUAGUCAAUAAUAUAUAAAAUUAUUUAUUUUAUAGAUACAGAAACUCCACACAAAACAUUUUGAUCAGAAAAUAUUUAGCAUUAUGUAAAAUAUGAUUAUUUAUUAAAAAUAACUGUAUAAAGUCUAUUUUAGACAUUAGUAAAAAUAGUAAUUAUAUAAAUAUCUUUCAGUUCUCCUCCAAGGAUGUUUUAGAUGGGUUAAAUAAACUAAAAGUCAGUAGUUCCGUAGGCCCGGAUAGUAUGCCACCCACUAUUCUCAAACAUCUCAAGUACUCGUUCAUUUCUCCUUUAUGCCACAUAUUUAACCUAUCACUUAAAACAGGAUUUUAUCCCAUCCAAUGGAAAGUCUCCCGCGUAACUCCUAUACCUAAAACGUCGGACAAAACAACUGUAGAGGAAUUCCGACCGAUUGCUAUUUUAUCAUCACCUGCUAAAGUAUUUGAAAACGUGCUUCACAAACUUAUAUAUAAACAAGUUGAAAAACAUCUCAGUAACGCUCAACAUGGCUUUAGAUGUAGGAGAUCUGUUGAAUCUAACUUGUUGACUUUGACAGAGUACAUUUCAUCACAACUUGACCGACGUCAGCAGGUUGAUGUUCUAUAUUUCGACUUUCGGAAGGCAUUUGACCGCGUCAACAAUGAUAUCCUGCUCGCGAAACUUAAUGCCAUAGGUAUUUGCCCUAGCCUUCUGCUUUUACUGGCGGACUACCUCCGUGACCGCCAACAGUAUGUAAGGUUGGGUAUUUAUGAGUCCAGCACUUACCAUACUCGAUCUGGUGUAAGUCAAGGCUCAAUCCUUGGCCCCUUACUAUUUCUUUUGAUGGUAAAUGAUCUCCCAGAUGUUCCCCAAUACGCAGAAUGUCUUUUGUAUGCUGAUGACCUCAAACUCUACACUUGUGUCAACAGCUUAUCGGAUUGCGAGGCUGUUCAGAGGGACAUAGACCGAGUGUACGAUUGGGGAGUAUCAAACAGAAUGGAAUUCAAUCCUACUAAGUGUUAUGUCAUGACUUUUGGUCGGAGGCGACACCUUAUUCACUUUGAUUAUAGAAUCAAUGGCACACCUAUAACCAGAUCAUCAAAUAUGAGGGACCUGGGUGUCGUCUUCGAUCAGAAGCUGACAUUUCAUGAUCACAUUGCCACUGUUGCCAAAGAGUCAUUUAAAAGACUUGGAUUCGUAUUAAGAAACUCAAAAGAUUUCAAGAAUACACAAGUGAUAAGACUCCUGUAUAAUACGCUAGUCAGAAGCAAGCUGGAGGCCAGCUCAUGCGUUUGGAGUCAAGCAUACGAGGCGUCUUAUUCACUCAUGCUUGAAAAAGUACAGAAGAAAUUUUUGAGGUUUCUCUACAAAUGUUCUCUCGGGUACUAUCCAUACAUGUAUCCGACAAAGUACCUUGUAGGAUGUCUAGGUUUUAAUAUGUUGGAUACUAGAAGAACCUUUAACCAACUCCACAUCGCGCUCAAAAUCUACAGAGGGAUAAUUGAUGCCCCUGACCUUCACAAUGAACUGGUUCGACUCUAUGCUCCUAACAACUACAUACGCGCUCGCAGGCACCGUCUGCUAUCUGUGCCCGCAUGUCGUACCGUGGCCAGGGCAUCUUCCCCUAUUCCUCGUGUCUUGUCCGCACUUAAUAGCCUCAUGGAAGCCUACCCUGACUGUGAUCUAUUCGUGGAUGACCUUAAAACAAUUAAAAGGGUCUGCCUAAGCUUUUGCGAAAGCCUAUAGUGUAGAAAUGUUUUGUUUUUCUUUUCGUUGCCUUAAGUGUAUUGUGCAAUGGUAUAUAUUAUUGAUUGUUUUUUUUUUUUGUUUUUGUUUUACCAAUUUUAUAGUGUUGUCUUUUUUAUGUUUUUCCUCAUUUUAUUUCAAUUUUAUUUUUAUAAUUCUAUAUUUUGUGUGUGUUAAUGUAAUUGGUUUCUUAAACCGUGUUAACAUAUUAAUAAUAAAUAAAUAAAUAAAUAAUAAAUAAAUUUUAUAUGUAUAGUGUGUGUCACUAUACCUACAUAAAAUAGAUAAAAUUGACCUGUUUUCCUUAUUGCUCUGUAUAUGUAUAAUGUAGGUAAACAAGAAUUGUGUUCAACCAAAAACAUAAUUACCAAUAAAGUUUGUGAUAGGGUGUGGGUUAUGAAGUUAUCUUUAAGAAAUAAAUUAUUCAAAACAUAAA